AUGCUCACCCUGCUAACACACGCCUGCAGGAACGACAGCGUCACCCACACCCAUGAAGCACCGAUCGUCCCCUCAACAUCGACGUACAAUGUGCAAGCACGUGCGCGUGUCAAUCAAGACACCCAUCAUCGGGCAGAUGGUGCGCUUCACAGCCAGCACGGCGACGCUGCGUUUCCCAUGCUGCAGUGAUAUCCCUUCUCAUGUCAUC